AUGACUUACCAGAUACCUUUUGAAGGUUCUCUUUAUCGAGGCUCUGAAACAAAAUAUGUUGCAGAUUACGCAUUUGAAUUUCUGCGGAAAGGAACUCGUGACUACGUCAUCAUCACAAGUGGUAUGCCAAAUCUCACAGCAGUGACAGCUUGUUUGUGGAUGAAAACGGCUGAUACCGGAAAUGAAGGAACACAACUGAGCUAUGCUGUAUCUGGAUCAGACAACGAAUUGACCCUGUGGAACUAUAAAGAUUGUUCUUCCGUCUCUGCCAACGAUGGAAGGUGGCAUCACCACUGUGUUACAUGGGAGAAUACCGCUGGAUCCUGGAAACUGUUUAAACAUGGCUCCGUCGCGGCCUCUGGUAAACAGGAAGGUCAUGUGAUACGUGGUGGUGGGACCCUGGUACUAGGACAAGAGCAAGACUCGUUGGGAGGAUCCUUUCAAUCCCUUCAAAGUUUCAUUGGUGAAAUGAAAGGUGCCAAUUUCUGGGAUCACGUGAUAGUUGAUCAGGAAAUCGUACGAAUGUCGCAAUCGUGCUUGACAGGGGUGGGAAACGUGUUUCAAUGGCACGAUUUCAAGGCUCACGCAAAAGGUUCAGUAAAGAUAACUAAGCCGUCGUGCUAG